UCAAAGCCAGAAAGAGUGGAUGGUUGAACUUCAAAAAACUAUUUCCCGUGAUAAUAAAUACAUAUAUAUUACAUCCACACAAUUAGUUGGUGUCUGCCUUUUCCUUUUUGCAUUGCCUAAGCAUGCUCCAUUUAUAAAGGAUGUAGCUGUGGAUGUAGUUAAGACAGGUCUGCGAGGAGCCGCUGGAAAUAAGGGAGGUGUGUCGAUUCGCUUGAUGCUCUAUAAUACAUCUAUGUGCUUUGUGUGUGCGCAUCUUGCAGCGGGCCAAUCUGAGGUCUUUGAAAGAAAUGCAAAUUAUGAAGAAAUAACAAAGAAGCUUAAUUUUCCUCUGGGACGUACCCUUGAUUCUCACGAGUAUGUAUUUUGGUGUGGAGACUUCAACUAUAGGAUUGAUUUACAAGCUGAAACUGUAAGAAAGCUUGUGAAGGAAAAAAACUGGCCUGCACUUCUUGCGGCAGAUCAGCUUAUCAACCAACGACAAGCUGGUCAGGUAUUCCAUGAUUUCAUUGAAGCCCCAAUAAAUUUUCCUCCAACUUACAAAUAUGAUGUAUUUUCUGAUGAUUAUGAUACCAGUGAAAAGAAUCGAAUUCCAUCAUAUACUGACAGAGUGCUUUACAAGAGACGUAGCUUUGUAGAUGGAGAAAGUGAAUAUCCUGGGAAUAUAGUGUAUUAUGGACGAGCUGAAUUGAAAACUUCAGACCAUAGGCCUGUUAUUGCAUUAAUUGAUGUUGAAGUUCUGCAUAUCAAUGGCCCAAAGAGAUUGGAAAUAUUUGAAGAACUUAUUGAAUCUGGUCCGCCUGAUGGCACUAUUAUUGUUAGUUUUGAAACCAAAAGUGUAAAACCUGAAGUAUUUUUAAAAGAAGACUUUAAAUAUAAACUUCUGCAUGAAAUAUUUAAGGAAAAGGUUUCACAUAUGAGAAUUAUUGGUGAUGAAGUAUAUGUUAUAUUUAAAGAAGUAAAGUUUGCUCUAGAAGCCUUAGAUUACAAUGACAAAGAGAUGAACGGAUGCAUUUUAAAAGUUCGAUUAAAAACACCUGACUGGCGUGCAGACAUUUAUAAAGUUCUAAAAUUGUGUCAAAAUAACACUGUUUCACUAACUCCUACUAGUUCAGUAGCAUCCCAUGAUGCUGACUUUCUCUCCUGUGAAUUAGCUGAUGGUGAAGAUGAUCAUCAGACCCUUCACAAAGCUGUUGCAGAACUCAACAAGGAAGUUUUGAAAUGUUUCGAUUCAAAAAAUGAAUGGAGUUCUGUUCUAGAAGGAUAUAAUGAUUCAGAUUAUGAUGUGUCCAAGUCACAGCCCUCAUCUGGCAGAAGUUCACCUUUCACAGAUGGAGGUAGUGAAAGAUUAAAAUCUUCUCCUGUUAAAUUACCUCCAAGACCUCCUCCACCUUCUAGGCCCUCUGCUCCACAACGUCCUCCUCCUCCACAACUGUCGAGGCAUACAGAUGGUAGUAUGAACGAUAAAUCUAAGGCUGUGAAUGAUUCAACAUGCACUUCAGAAAAAGAGAAAAUAGCUACAGCAGAAAUCCAGUAUAAUGAUGAAAAAGACAAUUAUAUAUCUGCUCCCCCUCCAUCCGGCCCACCACCACCUCUUCCUUUUCAUCAAGAUUUGCUGCAGUCACUCAACAGUGCUGAAGCUCACCAAUCUGUCCCUGAAGAAUCAUCUAAACAGGCAGCUCAACCUCCACCUAUUCCCUUGCGGCCUAAACAUCUGGCUGCUUCUGCUGUUGGUCAACCCCCUCCACUUCCAGCUCGAUCAUCUGCUCCUUCUCAGCAAACCAAAGAUGCUCCUUCUGUAGUUCCUCGUAAGUCAGUCCAAUGAAUUUAUUAUUUUGGCUUGGUUUAUGAUGCGGGUGUUUUAUUUUCAAAAAAAAAAAAAAAAAAAAAAAAAAACUUGGCAGCUUUCCUAUUAAUUUGAUACAUAAAUUUAAUUUAUUUUUGUUUUAUUAUUUUAUACAUGGUAUUUUGUAAAUUCUGUUACUGAGAUUCGUCAGUUUGAAAUUACACUCACAUGUACUUAAUUUUGUUUAAACUUAGACUAAUGAAAAUUAAUUUGCAUUGCUAUUAUUCCAGCACUUUUGAGGCUUUAAAUUUAAUUACUGUGCUUUAAUUGAUACUUUAGCAGAGAUAAGAUUAUAUGCUUUUUAAGCACUGAAAAUUAUCCAAACAUUUUGAAUAUUUAAUUUAGUUACAUUUUAUGAGUUAAAUUAUGAAAUAAAAACACAUAUUCAGUCAUUUCCUCACUAGUUUCAGAAGAGUGUGAAAAACAAGAAUAACCUUUCGACCUAGUAAGUGUUUAUUAAAUUGGUUUCUGACUAAAUCUUAAAUUAUCUUAAUUGUAUUCAGGAAUUUGUUUUAUUGCAUAAUUUUGUUUCAUUCUCAUUGGCCUUAGAACUGAAAUUUGUAAUGCACCAAAUUUCUUUAGAAAGACUGACACUUUUGGGAGUUGUUUGCAAAAGCUCUAUCAUUAGUUAUAAUUCAUAUAUAUAAUUAUCUAAAAUAGAAAUUCUAUUCUUCAGUUUUCAAAAUAUGAUCAAGAAAUGUUUCUUGUUUAUUACUAAACUAUUUAAUUUAGCAAAUUAAUUUUAUAUAUCCUUCUAUCAAUAUCAUUAAAAGUUUUGUCUGCCAAAAAGGCUAAGAUGCUGAAGCAUCAGAAAUUGCAUAGUUACCAAUCAAAAUGCAUAAAUUUGCCUAUUAUUUUGAUGCUUGAACUCAAGCUGAUUCCCACAUAUAUACAAUUUUGCAUAGUGACAUUUUUAUAUGUUUUAGCUUAAUAAGUUUUUUUAAUUGUUUACAAAAUGAUAAUUUACUUAUAUUUAUGAAAGGCUACCAUAUUUGUUACAUUAUUCUAAGCGGAACCACAGGAAAAGCCAAUCAUUCAAUAGACACAGGUUUUGCAGUCGUUGUGAAACACUCUGUAUUUUUUCAUUUUAAUCGUAGUGCAGUUUCGAAACAGCAAAUAUUAUUUAUGGAUUUGAAUGAAGAAAUACAAGAAUUUAAUUUUCUCUAUUAACAAAUUAUUAUUUAAAUGCUUUAUUCAAAUGAGCUUCCUUUCUGAAUUUCUACAUUCCAAACAUACCAUAGAACUGUUAUUUGAGCUUUAUGAGUUAAAAGUUUCCUUGGUAAGUCAAAUUUUCAAUUACAGUCAACUCUCAACUUACUGAGGAUGGGAGUCGAACAGUUAACUCAAAAUCAUGCAUUAUCAGAACACAGUUAAAAACACAGGAAAGAGGAAUAAUCUUAUGAUCUUAUGAUAUCUGUAUUUAGUCCUGAAAAUUAAAUGAAUGUUAAAACAAUGCAUUUUAAAUAAGGGAACAAUGUCACUAGCUUUCAAGAAAAUAAGCUAUAAAAGGUUGUGGCAUCUUCUGCGGUCACAGUUGCCACAUUUUUCGGCAGAAACUUUUGUAUUAUUAUGAUCAUUACUUUCCCUUUCUUCUGUCAUAGACAGGAAUAGCCUUUUCUUAGAUAAGGCCCAGUUUGUUGGGAGUUGAUUGUACUCGAAUUUUUCUGUACUUUUUUCAGUUACAUUUUAUAUAUCUAACAAAUGUUUAAAUCAGAUGUGUUUUUUAUUACUUUCCAAAGUGAUGAUGUUUUAUUCUAAGUUUUUUAAAGACAUUUUCUGGGGUGUUCUGUAUUACUUAGAUACUGUAUUAAGAAAUGACCUCUGUAUUUUCUUUUUAUGUAAUUGCACAGUGAAUUAAUAAUAGCUCAUGCACAAGUUCUGUAUAUUAAUAGGAAAAUAUGUAUAUACUGUAAAUAUAAUUUUAAGAGUAUCUUUUGCAUAAUAUAAGCUGACAAAUACUUCAGCAGCAAGAGUAUGUCAUGAAAAUAGUCCAAAUCUCCAUUAACAGUACAAAUGGAAAUUUGGAAUAUUUUGAUGACAAUUCAUUUUAAUACUUAUUUAUGUUCAGCCAUUUUGUUUGGGACUGACUUUAUUGAAACAGAAAAUGGAAGGAAAAAUCUCAGGAUCAUGAGAAACUAGAUCCUUUUGAUAUUUAUUAAGUUGUAUUUUGUAUUAUUUAUGCCAGAAAGACACAAAUUUUCUCGAUAUGGACUGAAAAUGCACAAAAAGGCAAAUAUUUAAGCAAGAUACUGUUUAAUCACAAUUUGCCUUUCGUUUAUGCAGUAAAUAUAUCUCUAAAUUCAUAUUACUAAAAUUAAUAUUCAAUAAAAAUAGAAUUUAUUCAAUACUUUUCAAAAAAAAAAGUGCAAUCAGUAUAAAUCAUGAUAAAAUCUGUUAGAUUUUUCAAGCAUAUAAGAAUGAUAAAUUUUUAUGACAACCAGUUCCUGGAAUGACAUGUAUAAUUUUUCAAUUAAAUUUUUAUAAGUAUGCUUUUAUUUCCUAAAUGAAUACAAUUUGGUUAAUCUUUGGAAGUCAGCAAUUUUGGAAAUAGUGAUUUAAUAACUAAAUCAAAGGCUACAUUAAAAAUGCAAUAAAAUCUUAAAUAAAAAGUGACAAGAAAAGAAAAAAAUAAAAUUAAAUGCAAGUAUAAAACCUUGUCUGUGGAACAAUUCAAGUAUUUGAGGAGGGCAUCUAAAAUGUUCUUAGAAUCGGAAAUAUUAUUCUUUUAAUAAAAUCUGAAUUAUUUAUUUUGCUCGACAUGUCUCAUGAAAUGUAAGGAUAUAUCAUAUUAACACUUGAUUCAAGCUGUUUCAAGUAUUUUUUUCAAGCUGAAGUUCAAAUUGAUUUAUUUUUUAAAUUUAAGUGCAAUCAAUAUAUGUGCAAUAAAAAUGAGAUUAUAAUUUUGAUGAAUUCAUCUUGUUUUAAGUGCAAUUUUAUUUCAUAUACUUAAGUCAUUCCUGAUGUGUGUAUCAAGUUGUAAAUACGUCUAGUCUCUAAAUAUAUUUAAUUUUCCAAUAUACACAGUUUUUAUAUUUAUAGUUUAUUAAUUUUUACUUGGUUUUAUAGUUAUUUAAUGAUUUUGUUUAAGCUCUUUAAUUUCUUUUCAUAAUGAAAAAUCACUUUAUUAAUAACAAUUGUGAGAUGUAAAUACAUUCAGAAUAAAAUAUUUUAAAAGCACUGUAUGGCAUAAUGCAUACCAGAAAUUCUGAAAAGUGUAUGAACUGGGUAUAUUAUUUACUGUAUGGAUAAUGUUUAAAUGUAAAUAUAGUGAAUAUUGACUAUUAAGUAUGCUAUGUGUCAUGAGGUUAAAAAUUGUAAUAAGUUUGUGAUUCAAAUGUAUUAGUAUGUAUUUCAAAAACUGCUGUUAAUAAAUAGGAUUCAUAUCAAGA